GCGCCGCCGAUAUCCAAUCGCGACCGUUAGCUGCGGCCGGGUGAACGCGGUCGGUGGUACCAAAGAGGAGAAAUCUGACCGACUGCCGGUGAUGUGAAAAGUCACAACACCACAUCAAACCCAGAGUUUCCCAUCGCAUGCGUUGACCAGCCGAAGGGAUAUGAGAAUCGCCAUUAGCCAGAGGGUGAUGGACACGUCUGAUCAGUGAGAGAGAUUUGGGCCAUUGUGAAUUAUCGUGGAGCGUUUGUCCCGACAGUUGAUUGACAGCAGUAUCUCCAGUCCACCCUCCUCUGCGUGGCGCUCUUUUUGCCACCACCACCCCCCCCCAGGCAUCUCUGAAGGAAAAACACCGCUGAGGGAUCGGACAGCUCCCCACCCCACACGUCCCAGCCGUACUCCCCCCUGAUCAUCACCUCACCCUCAACUCCCCAAGAGGGAGAGAACAGCAGCCACCAUGGUGCUGUCUCAGAGACAAAGAGACGAACUAAACCGGGCUAUAGCCGACUAUCUCCGUUCCAAUGGAUACGAGGAGGCCUAUUCCACCUUCAAGAAAGAGGCAGAGUUAGAUAUGAAUGAAGAGGUAGAUAAAAAGUAUGCAGGGCUUUUGGAAAAGAAAUGGACCUCAGUCAUCAGAUUACAGAAGAAGGUGAUGGAGUUGGAGUCAAAGUUGAAUGAAGCGAAGGAGGAGAUGACACAUGGAGGAUCUGUGGGUCAGAAGAGAGACCCCAAAGAAUGGAUCCCCCGCCCCCCAGAGAGAUAUGCCCUGAGUGGGCACCGCGCUCCAGUCACACGAGUCAUAUUCCACCCUGUCUUCUCUGUCAUGGUCACAGCCUCUGAGGAUGCUACUAUUAAGGUGUGGGACUAUGAGGCAGGGGACUUUGAGCGAACCCUAAAGGGCCACACAGACUCUGUGCAGGACAUCUCCUUUGACCAGACGGGGAAGCUUCUGGCUUCAUGUUCAGCUGACAUGAGCAUCAAACUUUGGGACUUUCAGGGUUUUGAGUGCAUCCGAACAAUGCAUGGCCACGAUCACAAUGUGUCGUCUGUAGCCAUCAUGCCAAAUGGUGACCACAUAGUGUCUGCCUCCAGAGACAAGACCAUCAAGAUGUGGGAAGUGGCCACUGGGUACUGUGUGAAGACCUUUGCAGGCCACAGGGAGUGGGUGAGGAUGGUGCGUCCCAACCAGGACGGCUCGUUGAUCGCCAGCUGCUCUAAUGACCAGACAGUGCGUGUCUGGGUGGUCUCUUCAAAGGAGUGCAAAGCCGAGUUGCGGGAGCAUGAACAUGUGGUAGAAUGUAUCGCAUGGGCCCCUGACAGUGCCCAUCCCACCAUCCUGGAGGCCACAGGCUCAGAGAGCAAGAAGAGUGGAAAGCCUGGCCCCUUCCUUCUGUCUGGAUCCAGAGAUAAAACAAUUAAGAUGUGGGACGUCAGCAUUGGCAUCUGCCUUAUGACUCUGGUGGGACAUGACAACUGGGUGCGUGGGGUAUUGGUGCAUCCUGGAGGAAGAUUCAUAGUGAGCUGUGCUGACGACAAAACCAUUAGGAUCUGGGACUACAAGAACAAGCGCUGCAUGAAGACCCUGUGUGCCCAUGAACACUUUGUUACCUCUCUUGAUUUCCACAAGACUGCUCCCUACGUGGUGACAGGCAGUGUCGAUCAGACAGUCAAAGUCUGGGAGUGCCGCUGAGACUGUCUCCCAUCUCUUGCCCUGUCCUGCUUCCCUCCCAACUCCAAAAGCAGCCCUAUAUCCCCAACCUAUCCCGGCCCUCUUCCCUUCUGUCCCGACACCGAGCCCAGCCCCUCAACUCUCGCACUCCAAACCAUAGUUGACCAUGGCGCUUUACCUUCUCCCCUUCCCCUUCCCCCUCCCCUCCUUCUCCCCUCUCCUUCCCGCCUCCCCUACAUCGGUCCAGCCCUAUUAAGAUGACUAUUGUCCUUUUAUGUAAAUUAUUCUGGAUGUAGGGUACGCUUAAUAAAUGUCACGCAAUCUCUGACACAUAAACACACUCAAAAGAUAAGAAGUAUUCCUUGCAUGGUGAAUCAAACAAAAAAAAAUUGUAUACUGUUAAAUUUGCCGAAUUUGCAUACUGUUGUUAUGACUUCCUGUCGGGUCAAAGGGUAAAUAUUCCUGUGUGCUGGCGCAGGUGGAUUCCGGUUUAACUGACAGUGCACGAAAACCAACGGCGCCCCUUGUAGAAGGGGGUUUAGGUUUUGUUUAGUUUUUGUUUUACUCCAUGCCUCCAUCGUUGUGGUCUGUCGCUGAGCGGAUGGUGAUAGAGAGGGUGUGAAGAAAGUAAGUGUAAAAGAAAGAGAACGAGUGGAAGCUGUCCAGGAUAAGAUGAUAACAAGUUGAAGAAAGAAAGAAAAAAAAAAUGAAGCAGGAUGCAGCUCCUCAGUUGAAUCACACAAGGUUCUGUGGGUGAGUGCGCGUGUACAUGUGUGUGUAUACAUUGUGUGUGUGUGUGUGUCUGUAUAUUACGACAGGAGAAUCUCUCCGCCGUCUCUGCUCUGGUCAGAGGAGAGAGGAGGAGGCAAAGCUUCUCACCCACUGUGUUCAUUCAUACUACUUCAUCUCUUUUAACAAAACUUGCUUUCUAGUAGACACUCACAGGACCUUAACGAUCCCUAAGCUGCUGAGAGCACAGGCACACGCCCCCCCAUAGCAAAAGUGUGUUUUACAGAGGAAAAAGUCUGCUCACCUUGUAAGAGGUUUGUGUGUGUGUAUGUCACCCCAGAGAAUCGCCCAGUGCCCUCUUUGCUCGCUAUCUCUGCCUUGUUAACCCAUUGAGGGCUCCCUCACACGGGAUUUUCAUUCUGCUUUCUGUGGUCUCACUGCUCUCUUUACACACACAUACACAUACACUCACAAAUGCACAUACACGCACAGUAAAAAAAAAAAAAGUUGUGUAUCAAUAUAUCUGGAUGUCAUUGUUUGCAACAUAAUUAAAUAAAAUUCUGUAAAUAUAAA